GUGAAUAUCAUUUGAUAUUUAACGGAAGUCAUGUGACUCCCGUUGAAUAUCGCUUGUUAUUUUUUAGUCAUGUGUAGGACAUGGACCAAUUAGAGAGUGAGGAAUAUGUCAGUGAUAUAAUAACAAAAGAUAUUCAUAGGGUCGCUUAAUGACAAUGAUUUCACCAAAUGCUUUUUUUGAAUUCUUCAACAAAGAAUGAGAAAAUCUUGAAGCUAUAACGAUUGAAUCUACAGGGUCAGUCCAUAUCAUUAAAGAUGAUACCAUUAUCUUUCCAAUGGUAUAUUGAACAUUACCUUUCCAAUUGUACAUUUAAUAUUGGGGACAACUUGCAUUUUUAUAUUUUACCUUAAUGGAAUGGAUGCACCUUGACUCUCUUAUUAGCUCAGGUAAUUCAAUGAUAAUAACAAAUUGAUAUGAUCAAUGAAACCUGUUUCAUUGAUGAUUGAUGACAUAAACUGUUUCCUUAAAGGCCUUAUGGAAUCUAUUCUGGCUUAUAUUGUACCUUCUCUCUUUCUUUUAUUUCACCUUCUUUCUUUAAAAUGUGAUUUUUGCACUGUAUUUGGAUUUGACAAUGUUGAAUCUAUGUCUUCAAGGUAGUCUAGAAAUGCUCUUUUCAAAAAUGUAAUAAAAUAAUGUUUUUAGUCCUUUAACUUGGAUUGUAUUUGUUUUUAAAAGUGGUGAACAAUUUGUCAUUUAGUGAUAUUUGCACUAAACUUGUAUAAAUACGUGUAUGCCUCUUUUGAAGGUGCCAGAGUGCAAGUUUCCCUACAUUUUCCACAAUUUGGAAAUCCAUUGUGAAUUUGUUUUGGUCACCCAUCCUUGUUGUCAUAUUGUUGGGAAAUAAUUUUUCUCUAAAAUGAUAUAUAAUACAAUGAUUUAACAUAUACCAUAUGAUAUUCAUUACAAACUUUUUUUUUAAAUAGAAAAAUCAAAAUUUUUCUUAAAAUAAUACAACCUGCAGGAUGUUGCUGUGUUACCUUGUGAUAAAACUAAAAAAUUAAAGGUGAAGAAAAAUUGCAUGAUUGAAAUUAAAAUGGUAAUUGACAUCUAUUUAAUGAUUUUAAAAUUGGUGUUUGUUCAAAUGUAAUACUAUAUGCUUUGUUAAAAUGGCUUUUUAAAAACCAGUCCAGAAAAUGUUUUCAGUAUGCUUAAAACUGUAAAAAGCACCUUUUCAAAUGAUGAUUGAAUUAUACAACAACAAUAUUUAAAAUUUACACAGGACCUUUAAAGUGAUUCUGACAAGUGUAAUAUGAAGAAUAAAAUGAAGAUUCUAUGUUAAGCUAUUCACAGAGUGUGUCAAUGGAUAAAGUAUACUGAUGCAGAAAUAUAUUUGAUAUCAUUAAAAGGACUGAUGUAACUUCGCUUGCAGUAGGGAAUAAAACAAUGGAAUGCAAUUAGUCUGCUUAGCUAAUGCACAUGUAUAAGUUGUAUAAGCCUAAUGAAACAAAUUAAGUAGAGUAUGUCCAAUUCAAUCACAAAAUUGAUUAUUACAGCGAAGUUAAACAUCAAAAUAAUUAAUCAGUUAUAGAUUCAUUCUUCAACUCUGGAGAGUAAGAGGGACACUUGGAAAUUUUAGUAAACACGAUGCAGCAGCCUUGAAUAAUGGACAUCAAGAUGUAAACUUGUAGAUGAACAUUUUAGAAACAACUAAAAUAUCAUAUUAUAAUAGAAUGUCAAAAAGGAAAACAACUACACAAUUUUUUACAAUCGACAUACCAAUGUUACUACUUAUAUUGGUUUUACUAGAAAUAGGCUCACUUCUGGCUUGUCCAUCUGCAUGGACGUUAGUUGGAGAUGAUUGUUACUACAGCUCAACUAUGUUAGCUACACAUUCUGAAGCUGAAACAGCCUGUAAUGGAACAGGAUCAACUUUAAUUGUCAUUGAGGAUUCGACUGAAAAUGAUCUUGCAACAACGCUAGGGAGUGGAACUACCAUGUGGAUCGGCCUUGAGCAGAUCUCACACAAAAAUUGGAUAUGGGUUGAUGGGACACCAGUUACGUUUGAGGAAUGGGAUUCCAAUGGAGAAAAAACUGGACUAACAGGUGGCUGUGUCUAUAUACAGCCCGAUGGAAAGUGGAUCCAGGCCUCAAGCUGUGACACACAAAUGCAAUUUAUUUGCCUUCGGGAUGUCAAUACUCCCUGCGCAGAUGGUAUGUGUGAUCCAGCUGGUAUUCUGUCAUUAGGGAGUGAGACUACUGUAAAUGUGACAACUCAAGGAACUACAACAGAUAUAACUACAGAACCAACAACACAGCCAACAGCACAAAUGACAACACAACCAACAGCACAAAUGACAACAGAACCAACACAAUCAACAACACAAAUGACAACAGAACCAACACA